AUGCAGCGAUUUAUGCAGGCACAAUGCGUCAUAAGGAAGGAGCAGCCGGCAUCGUGCCUGCGACGGCAGGUGCUCGCCGGGGGCCAAUCAGCGCCCGCAGCGCGAUCCCUGCGCAGCAUCAACAAUGUCGAACCAACUUCCAUAUUGCUUCCUCCUGCUUUCACUAUGAUGCCAUCAGCCCUGUUGCAUCUUGUCUCGCCUCGCCUUGCGCUUGAUUCACGUCUGCUCCCUUCAUGUCUCACCCAGAAAUUCAAUAUGGCCGCAGUUCAGGCGUCCCUUGAUGACCAACCCUUCAUUGGAGUUUCUACAAUUCGGUCCAAAACAUCCCCUUGUCAAGGAUCACCGGAACUGCGGACUGGACGUCAAAUCCUGUGA